UUUAUUUUGUCCAUUCAGAAAAAAUAUUAAUUAUCAUAACAAUGGAAGUUCUUAAUGUUAGGCAAUUCAUAGUACCUUUUCUUCUUGUUGUUGCAUUAUCAACAACGUCCUCUUUACUGGUAAAUGCUCAAAGUGAUUCUGAACCUGUACUCGAUGAUGCUGGCAACCCUGUCCUCAGAGGUGUGAAUUAUGUAAUUCUUCCAGUGGGUGGUGGCAAUGGUGGUGGUCUUCAGGUUACCUCACCACUAUACAUAGGCCCAAACGCCGAUGAAUCAGCACUGGGCAGUAGCGUUCAGUUUUCACCAGCAGUGGACCCAAAAGACAAUACUAUCAAAAUAUCCACCGAUAUAAAUGUAAAAUUUACGUCUAUAUCAUUGUCUGGAUCGUCCACAGUAUGGAGAGUUAACCGAAACAAAGAUCAGCAAACUAUGUUUGUGACUGUUGGUGGAGUUGAAGGAAAUCCUGGACGUGAAACUUUUGAUAAUUGGUUUAAGAUUGACAAGUACGAGGAUGCCUACAAAUUUAGCUAUUGUCCUGCAGUUUGUAGCUAUUGCAGAACAAUUUGUGGAGACGUUGGAAUACUUACUGAAAGUGAUGGGGGGAGAAAGCUUUUGUUUAUUAGUGGAGGUAUUCUUCCUCUCAAAGUUAAGUUUCAUAAGGUUUAGAAUUACCAAAAGUUAAAAUUAUAGUACUUGUAGUAUAAAUAAGUGUGUGAUUUCAGUGUGUAUGUAUUAGUGAAGGAAUAAGGAGGAGGAGUCUUUCAAUAGUGUGUAUCAAUAAAGAUUGUUAUGAUAUUUAUUCGUGAAA